AUGCGUGGCCUGAUUAAUCCCGGAGCAUAUUGCAGCAUCAACAGCGUUGUCCAGUGUCUGUACAAGACACCCGAGCUGCGGGAUCUCAUCAGGCGAGUUGACGACGAGCACAGCCCUCGGGAAUCGGUACCCUCGAGCCUUAAGCGUCUCGUCUACGAGAUGAGCGAAGAUGCGCAUUCGCCGUGCAACCCGAGCUCCCUUGUGGACUCGAUGAGAGCUUACGGCGGAGUGUCCUUCUACGCUCAGGAGGACUCGGACGCCGUGUUCAGGUGCAUCCUCGAAGCUCUAGCACGCGGAUGUGAGCACGCUAAAAGGAUCGGCGCACUGUGGGACAUCAAGAGUGAGGACUGUGUGCGUUGCCUGGGGUGCAACAAUGUCCAGACCAGACGCAAUAAGUCCAACACCGUACCCGUGUUUAUUGAAGAUAAUCUCCCCAACGAGCUCCAAAGAUAUAUUGAAGGAUACUCUGAGAACACGUUGACAAGAUGUGACUACUACUGUGGACAAUGUCAGACGUCAACUCAGGUUGAAAUCACGGGCAACGUGGUGUCAUUACCCCCGGCCGUGUGUGUGGCGAUCCAACAUGUUCACAACAUCGGCAAGAAUACGGCUAACAUAGUAAAGCUUGCAAAGCGCGUUGCAUUCCCGGAGAAUCUGGAUCUGAAAUACAUGAUGAAAGACCCAGAAGUGCAUCGGACGGUCUAUGAGCUGUACGCAGUUGUAGCCCACAUUGGUACGCACCACUGUGGGCAUUAUACAGCUUAUGUGAGGGGAGAUGAUGACACUUGGUAUCAUGCAGACGACACUCUCGUGAGAGCGUGCUCCUGGGAGGAUGUCACGGCGACGUACGAAGCAGGACCCCUACACACUGGGCUAGCAUAUAUGCUUAUGUACAGAAGACAAUCGGCUGUCAUUUGA